AUGGCAAGUCACCAGAUGGUACAUUGUAUAGUCAAAGAUAGAGGGUCAAAUUUCUCUUGUGAGUUGACCUUUGUUUAUGGCUACAAUACAAAUGCAGAGAGGAAAGAGAUGUGGAACCAGCUAAGAAGCCUCCAUAGUAACAUAAAAGACCCUUGGCUAGUGAUGGGAGACUUCAACACAAUUCUAUCAGUCAAUGAUAGAGUGAAUGGAAAUCCUGUAGCCCAAACAGAAGUUCAGGACUUCCAAAACUGUAUAACUGAUUUGGGUUUGGGACAAUUGAACAGGAAGGGUUGGCAGUGGUCAUGGUGUAAUAAACGAGAUGAGAUAGAUAGAAUCUAUAGUAACAUAGAUUGGGUGUUUGGGAAUUCUCAAUGGUUUAUGCUCCACAGUGAGAUUGAAGCUUUUUAUGAUUGCCCUGGAGUUUCAGACCACUCACCAAUUAUUAUUAGCACAGACAGCACCAAGCAGACAAUACCCAAGCCAUUUAGAUUAUUCAAUGCCCUGCUGCAACAUAAAGAAUUUAAUGAAGUGGUACAACAGGCUUGGGGACAGAAAGUAGAAGGGUAUGUCAUGUAUUCAGUAUGGAGAAAGUUGAAGAUGAUUGAGCAGAAUGCAAGACACAUGAAUAGAGAACUAUCAUCAUUGGAUGGGAAAAUGAAACUUAUGAGAGUUGAACUGGAAAAGACAUAG